GAACUAUCCAAUAUCAAUAGCUACAGACUCCAAUUCUCUUCCAUUUGCCUCUUCAAUCACAGUAUCAUUAUUCAUAUUUACAUUUACAUUUACAUUUACAAUUUCUACCUAAUCCAUAAUCAAGCCUUCCUGCAGAUUCCUUCGUUGUCCUUCUUAUCCGGAUAUCAACAUCGGAUAUCAGCCUCGUCCUCAUCUGACUCACUCCCCGAGCACAUCCUCCUUUCAUCCAACACAACCUUUGCAUUUGGAUUCAAAGGACUAACAAACCAAAUUGCAACAUCCACCACAUACAGACUUCCUGCCCUUCACCACUUAAUUGUGUUUUGAUUCGCAGUUGCUCAUCUUGGAACGUGUGACUCGAUUUCCCCGUGCCGCAACUACUCGUUACAGUCAUCCGGUCAAAGUCUGAAUCAUCAUCUUACUCACGAGCCUUCUGCUUUAUUCUUUAAUAGCCCUUUCUUUCUCUUUGAUAAAUUUGCCUCUGCGAACAUCCUACGAAUCUUCUACACGGCGCUACAUUCUUUGAAAUCAAAGAGUAAAAGCGAUACAGAUACGAUAAGUACGUGAACGGAACGGAAAGGAAGACAUCUCUAUAUCUAUUUAAAGGAACAAACCAACACAAAGAAAGCCUUGCUGCCACGUUUUUUCUAUCUUGGCUUCAUCUUCUGUUACAAGAAACGUCUCUCAAUAGGCAUUCCAAUCUUACAAUCUUGCGUCAUCCCCGUCUAUCAACCAAAGACAGGAAAGACUUACAUCAUGUCUGCCAUUACAUCUAACACUCCAAUCUCUCCUAUCCAACACCGAGACAUUCGAUCUGAGGCUCAAGCCUUCAAACGUGAUAAGGAUCACUCCCAGAAAUGGGUUAUGGGGGCUCGCCCACUCGCUGGCGCGAACAAGGCCUUCACAAGUUUGACUGAUGGCCCCAGCGAUGAAUCUUCCAAGGGAAAGGAGAAGGUUAGACCUCAAAAGUUAUGGAGUCAAGUUGGCAGCUCCGACCGACAUUACCGCAACAGUUCCCAUGCUACUUCAAAAGCAUCCGGGUCCCCAUCUUACAACCACGGUCUUACAUCUUCUUCCCGUAUCGCCCGCAAAGUCGAUGCCCAUGUUGAGGCUGCAGAUAAGACCUCCCACCCUCUCUCUAGAUCUUUACUCGACCUUCUUCCUACACAUUACAAUAACACAUCUCCAUCCAUCGCCACCGCAAUCAUGAAUGCCGGUGAUGAAGGUGUUCUUUACUCUUUCGAUAGAACAGACACACCAAAUAACAGAGUGGACUUGGGUGGGUUAGUAGACCUUGCUGAGCAGAGAUGGGUCAAUGAACAAACCGAGAAGAUCGUUCGGGGCGAAUAUGAGGUUUUGGAUGCAGAAGGAGAGACUGUUCUUCAAAGACAAAGAGGCAGAAAGAGUCCUAGAUCCAAGGCUCUUUCUCGUACUCGUGGAGACUCAAAGGCUAAAACUCAUAAAUCAGAGCCACUUGAGGAUGAUGGGUUUGAGCUUAUCUAAUCCCGAAACCCGACAUGAAGUUGGGAGAUAGUGAUCUCUCGUUGAUCGUUAUGGUUACUCCAAUAUUGUAUUCUCGUACAGCACACCUUGCAUUGAGCCACAGGCUUUCGGAGUUUUUUGUUAUCUUUUCUUUACAUCUGGCAUUUGGCGCGCGCACAAGCAUAGGAUACCGGCAGGCAGCUUACUCUGGAGUCUUUGAUACACAGAGAAGGAUAGCUAGCCUUUGAUUUUUGGUUUCAGUUUCUGCACAGGCAUUGAUAGAUUGGCCCGGGGCCUGAUUUUUGUAUCUUGUUCGGGUGCAUUAUGGUUAUUGAGGUCUGCGUGGUGCAUAGCAUGGAUAGCUUACCGGUCUGGGGAUUGGGAGGAUAGCUUGGUGCUUAGGUGAUUCUUUUACUAGGGAUUUUUAAUGAGUUUCAAGCUGGAUGGUGUGUAUGUCAGGAAUGAAUGGGAUGGUUGAUACAUUGCGUAGUCAAUCUCAAUAGUUUUGAUAAGGUUGAGACGUUAUGCGGAGAUCGCAAUAUCAUACCUAUUAGCCACCA